AUGGAGAAAGUAACCAAGUUGAGUUCUAUUUUCACCACUUUCUUAGUUCUUGUUCUCUUUUCACUUUCUAAAUAUUUUCCUUACAUUUUCACUCUUCUAUUUGUUCUUCUAUCUACUAUGAUACUUUUCAAACUAUCAAAGAAAAAAGAGUUGCAAUCUUCAUUAGGAGAUGAAACUUCUCAUAAUCAAAGUGAAGGACAUUCAUAUCCUUCACAAGCAGAUCCAUAUUCAGAUUCUUCACUUCAAUUAGAUAGUGAAAGUAGUACUAGCUUAAGUAUUGAUGAAAGUUUUGAAAUUGAUCUUAGAAGAAAUCAAGAUAAUGAUGACGACGAAGACGAGGAGGAGGAGGAUCUUAUUGAAAUCAAUAUUUCAAGGAGUUUGGAUUUUAUUUUCAAGGAGGGGGGUCUCAUGGAUCUUUUAGAAGAAAUGAAUGAAGAUGAAAAUUUAAUUGAGAUUGAUAUUUUCAAGGGAUUUUCAAAAUAUCAAGAUUUUAGGUUUAAGGAGUUGGCAUGUUUAGGAGAUUAA